AUGGAGCGGCCUUAUCGUUGUAUCAUUUGCAACAAGGCAUUCGCACGUGCUGACCUGCUCAAGCGCCACAAUGCCCAGCAUUCAGUCUGGUCUUCGAAUCCACCGAGUGGUCGCUGCCCCCCUCAACAAAGCCAAAGAGUCAUUCAAGCCUUAUGUGAGUACGACCAGCCGGCACCGCAGUCAUCAGCCGAUGGCACCUCCCAGCACCAACGAACACUCCUGAACCAUCACCAGACGGGAUUGUCACCUCUCGAUGAGGAUAUGGAGAAUUGGGCCACAUCAUUGGAUAUGCUCAGUAACGCUACCAAUACCAAUAACGGUGGAAGUGAGCUUGACCGUAUGCUCAUCCCAGAUACCACAAUGUCAUCUACCUUACACUUCGACUCCGAGAUCAAUGCCGCCACCUUGAGCUAUGGUGAAGUGCUGAGAGAUAUUCUCGAUUUUUCAGCCAACAGUCCGGUACGUUACAAACCCACGGAUCUCGACGAUCCUACUGGGGAUGUAUGGGAUGCGUACCAGGGAAUGGAGCAGGACUUCGAUGACUUUGACAGCUUUUCGUUCGGGGCACUGCCUACUGUUGACGAUGUGUGCGCUGCUCCGAGCAGAGGAAAUCACGCAAACGCCUCUAACUCCAACCCGAAGGCUUCCACGUUUGAGGAGACAGCCGUGCAGGCGGGCUCACAAGCAUUCCUGGCCUCCGGCUGGACCUGGGGACCGACCGCUAUGGACAGCGAUUAUUCCGAGCAUUCCAACCUUAUCAUCCCACCUCACUCGGUAGGGACGAUAGACUUGAAUCUUCAGCCGCAGAAUACAGCUUCAAGUAACAUGAAGCCAGAUAUCCGGCACCGCAUAUUGUCAGUUCUGCUCAAUCACUGUGACAAGGCCCAGUGGGUGCGCAUUAGUUCCAGUUUUCCCUCCGAUUUCCUGCUAGACAACAUGACACAGCGAUUCUUAGCCUCUCAACGGACAGAGACUCUCUCGUGGUUCCACGCUCCGUCCUUCAACCCUCAGAAAAUGCAAGAUGAGUUCCUCUUGGCCAUCAUUGCUCACGGCGCAUCUUUGACGCCGGUAGCCUCAAUACAACGAUUUGGUUAUGUCGUACCAAAUGUGUUGCGCUAUGCCAUUAUCGAUUGUAUCCUGAGACGAGCACGCUGGCUUCGAGCCGACCAUUACAGAGGAAUAUAUCCUGAAGCAGAGGACAAGGGAUCGGCACUCUUUCUCAAGUGGCAGAGUUGGAUCGAGCAAGAAACCAAGAAGAGACUGAUUUAUCGAACGUUUGCGUUCGAUGCACAAAUAUCCAUGACGAACCACGUCAAUCCUUUGAUGUCGUACUCAGAGAUGCGAGUCCCUUUCCCAGAGCCAAACGAAAUGUGGGUGGCACAGACCGCAGAGGAAUGGAAAGCCCAAUACAUGAGCUGGUCCCAAUACAUUCCUCACGAUCAAUUUACUCUUGCUGACGCCGUUCGAGUCAUACUCAGCGAUGGACAAUGGCCUAAGCCUGGAUGUACACCCGCAACUACCCUCUGUGUGCUAUAUGGACUUUGGGGCAACGUAUGGGAGUACAAACAGCUUCAAGAAACGCUGACGGCAGUAGAUCUGAACAGCUACCAUACAGAACAUGACGCUUCGGGUUCUAUGCUACCGCUCCGUCGUGAGAUGCUCGUCAAAGCACUUAACCUGCUCAAAAGUAAGGACUAUACCGUACCCGAGGGCUUUUGUUCAGCGGCAGUGGCCGAGCCUACCCUGGUUCUGGAAUACCUCUAUAUGGUACUAUACGUCCCGCUCCAAGGGCUUCAGGCAUUUGCAGGUCGGGAUGGCGAACAGGAGGCCCGGCGAGUGUUUCCCGCGUUGCAGGAAUGGGUUCAAACCCGUGAGGCACGACAAGCCAUGUGGCACGCCGGCCAGGUCUAUCGAGCUGCCAAGCACAAUCCGAUGUGGUGCACUAGAGACCUGCGAGCGAUGCUUGUCUACCAAGCGAGCAUCGCUUGCUGGGCCUAUGGUCUCAUCACCGACGCUUCUCGCCGCUCCUCGCACCGAAUGGACAAAGGCCAAAUGCCGGCCACACGGCAUAGUUUCAAAGUUCUGUGGAUCAAGAAGCAAAUAAGCACGCCCCACAUCCCCGCAAACGUGGACGUGGACGGCACUUAUCAAUCAUGA